ACACAUGAAAACUGCAGUCUGCUUCUUCUUCUUUCACACUCACAGAAAAAGAGUAGAGAGAGGAAGCCUCAGUUUUGCUCUUACCUCUGCACUAUCACGUUACACCAUAAAUUAAAAGCAGAACGGAAGAACUGAGUGCCAAGGAAGCGAGUACAUUCAUGACUCAGAGAGCCAGGAAAGAAGGAAAGACUAUGAGAACAAUAAAAUAAACACGGCGGCUACACAUUGGCAGAGUUUACGGGACCGGCUCUGACAUCAGUGAAGUGAGAGAGGAAGAGGGGUGCAACAUUGCUUUACGGAAACCGCUUGACAGUUUCACGCCGAAACAGUUUGAAAAUAGGAAACAGACGCUUAAGAGAAACAGAAAGGGAAAGAAAGAGAAAAGGAUAAAGCGAAGCCUGUUUAAGCCGAACCAUGUUGAUGAAAGAAUACCGGAUAUGCAUGCCGCUCACUGUCGAUGAGUACAAGAUCGGCCAGUUAUACAUGAUCAGCAAGCACAGCAGUGAGCAGAGCGGAGGAGGCGAAGGGGUGGAGGUCGUCCGGAAUGAACCCUGCACAGACCCCAAACACGGAGCCGGACAGAUCACAGAGAAACGCAUCUACCUCAACAGCAAACUGCCAACCUGGAUAAGAAAGUUUGUUCCCAUGAUUUUUUAUAUCACAGAAACUGCCUGGAACUUCUACCCUUACACCGUCACAGAGUACACGUGUUCCUUCCUACCGAGGUUCCACGUCAAGAUUGAGACACACUUUGAGAAUGACAACGGAUGCAAUGAAAAUGUGUUUGGUGACGACCCCACUUCAAAGGACAGUGUCUGCUUUUUGGAUAUUUUGAGCGAUCCGAUCCCUGACAAGCAUUACAAGAAGUCUGAGGAUCUGAGCAACUGGGUGUCACAGAAAACAGGCCGGGGACCCCUUGUGGACGGCUGGAGGAACACCACGAAACCCAUCAUGUGCUCCUACAAGAGAGUCACCUGUAGCUUUGAGGUCUACGGCUUCCAGGGACGAACAGAGGACUUCAUUCACAGGAACAUUCGUGACAUUCUGCUGGUGGGACACAGGCAGGCGGUGGCAUGGAUUGACGAGUGGCAUGGAAUGACCCUCGAGCAGGUGAGAGAGUAUGAGAGAAAACUGCAGGAGGAGACCAACAGCAAGCUCAAGAGCGACAUUACCUGCACAGACUCUGCUCCUCCGGUGCGACCCAGCUUCACUCGCUCCAUCUCGGUUACGGAUGAGUCGUCACUGAAAAAGAUGGGGGUAAAGACUGUAGACAUUCCAAGCUCUCCGUCCUGCCCUUCCUCCCUCAAAAAUCCCAUGAGAUUAAACUCUACACCAGAAUAGCGCCACAUCCACCGUCCACUGCCUGCAUCUACGUUUAACAAAAUUCUGGACCUGGGCGUUCUCUUCUAACCAAAACUAGAAAGACAUCCCACGCUGUCACCCUCUGCUCUCCGUUCCAACUGCAGAGGCUGGCAAAAACACGAAGAACCGAAGAAUUGUAGAUAUCCUGUAAAAAGACUUCUCAUCAAGUGAAACCAUAGUGCCUUAAUUUACAUUUCUCAGAGACCUCGACAAAACGGAUUGAACAAACGGUCUAUCCCACUGCCUUCGAACAAGAAGGGGAUCACAGAAUGCAGAGGAAAAGCCUCUGUUGACAUAAUCUGUAGACUGUUUCAGUGAAACCUGAUCAUAUGGAUUACGGCAAUCGCGAGUGACUAGCCAAAUUUUCAAGAUGGUUACGGGUUAUUGAGACUAACCUCUGACCCUGUAUCAAUACAUUGACAGAAUGCAAUUGAUUGUUUAGUCGUGCAGCACAGAACGAGAACGUACAGUGCAACGGGUGAUCAGACGAAAGACUAGAAUGGAUGAAGCAUUUUGUGUUAUUUGAAACCUGUCUUUGGUGAUGAACCAUAAGUGCACAACCAUAAAUUCACAUCAUUGAUCAUUAAUAUUGCCAACAUUGUUACGUCAAGCCAUUCAAACAAGCUUAAAAAGUGGCAUUUCUUCACAAUUUAGUUUUUUAUUAUAAUGCAUGAUACUCUUGUGUAUUUAAAUGUAGCUAAAAUAAACUGACUGCAACCACCUUCAAAAAAA